AUGGAUUCAUCACACGUAUUGAUUCAAUUGAGGAAUGAAGAGGACUUUCUACACACCUGGGCUCGGAAAGGAAGAUCAAUUGCGGGGAGCAUUUUCCGUUUGUUCAAGUGGACGGUGGAUUUUAAUAUACAUAGAGAGUCAUCUAUUGCCCCGCAGUGGAUCUUUUUGCCUGGGCUCCCUCUCCAUCUGUAUAGAGUUGAUUGUUUGAAAAUCCUUGCAUCGAGGUUUGGGCGUUAUUUAGGAACAGAUCACGUGACUCUUAAUCGAACAAGAGCGACUGGGGCUCGAAUAUGUGUUGAGACAGAUUUGAGGGCAGAACCAGUGGAGGGUUUUCCUAUUAGGUUCCCAACUAGAACAUUUUCCCAUGAGGUAAAAUAUGAGAAACUCGAUUUCUACUGUAACAGGUGUGGAAGGCAGGGUCAUCCCGAAUUUGCUUGUAGGGUGGAUCAACCAAAGAAGGUACCAGGACGUAAAUGGACUAGCGAGGAAAAAGGAAAGGCUAAAAUGGAGUGGAAGAGGAAGGAGAUGGGUACGUUAGAGGAGAAACAAAUCGAGGCGGGAAAGGAAAAUAUGAGAAGUGCGGACAUUGUGAUUAAGACAGAUGUACGAAAGGAGGAAACUGAUUAUGCAGUGGAUAAUUCACAGAAUGUGGAGGUUCUUCCAGAAGGAGACCAUGGUGAAACUGGAAACUACAGCGGGUCGCAAGAUAGGGAACAUGCGGUAGAGAUGAAUGACAAGGAGUUGGGGGAGCUGUUUAUUGAGCAUGAACAAGCACAAGUAUUAAGAAUGUGGAGGAGCAUGAUGGUGGGGCUGGUAAUAAAUGAUGAGGAUGUCGAAGAAGAAAGAGCGAUUAAUGCUGGGUCAGAUUGUGAGAUAUCAGAGGUUCGUGGUGAUGCUUGUGAUCAGAGAGAAAAGGAUUAUAUGUCAGACACAGAAAUUAACAAAAUUGCAACAGGGCAGGGUGCUAAAAGGUUAACACUGAGGAGGGGAUCCAAAUUUUGGAAAUCUAUCGUGGAUGUUUUACCUGAGGUAGCUGCAAAUUGUCAAUGGAAGAUCAAUGAAGGAAAUAUCUCGUUUUGGUUUUCUCAUUGGAUGCCGAAUGGCCCUCUAUGUAACCAAGUUACUAACAUUAACCAACCUGGUUUGAGAAUAUAUGAUGUGUGUUUGGAGUCCGGAUGGGAUAUUGAGAGGUUACAUGAACUAGUUGGAGAAGAGGGCAUUUUCACUUCGAGAAGUGCUUGGGACAUGCUUAGUAUUAAAGCUCCAGAUGUACAUUGGGCCCAGUGGGUUUGGAACAAAGCUAUUCCUAAGCGGGUGUCAGUGGUUAUGUGGAAAGCUUUAUCAGGGAGCCUCAGUGUGGAUUCUAGUAUUCGUAAAGUGGGUAUUGCUAUAGCUUCAAAAUGCAAUUGCUGUCUAGUAGGUCACGAGGAGAAUACAGAUCAUGUAUUGAGCACAGGGGACUUUGCGGAUGAGGUUUGGAAGAAAUUAUCGCAUUAUUUAGGUUUGCAAUGGAGGAGUAAACAAGGUUGGUGGGAGCGGGUUCCGCUAUAG